AUGUCCACCUUAGUUAAAGACGAUCCGUCAUCUGUUGAAGCAGCCGAGACUUCGGGAGCCAUAGAAGGCGAUAUGAUGAUGGAUCCUGCACAAAAACAGUUUUAUAGCAACCACCUUACUGAUUUAAACCUCCAUCAUUCAACGGAGGAGGAAAUGAAAGUCAAACGAAAAGCGAUUAACACAGAUCGAUACAAGGUUUGGCCAAAUGGGAUAAUUCCAUACGUGUUUGAUACGUUGGAACCCGACAUGAUCUACUACGCCCGGAGUGCUAUGGAACAAUGGGAAAGCAAUACUUGUAUCCGCUUUGUAACAUAUCCCACUUUAGACGUUAAUCACGACGGAAGAAUAGAAUUCGUUGCUGGAAACGGGUGCUGGGCCAAUGUGGCAUUCACAGGAAAUGCUCAGAAAAUAUCUCUCCAAAAGGGUACUUGCAACUCGAUUGGAGUGGCAUUGCACGAAUUGGGGCACACGUUAGGUCUAUUCCAUGAGCAGUCCCGCCCUGAUAGGGACGAGUACAUUGCAGUACACAUCGAACACGUACAGCACGGCAAAGAAGGCAAUUUUAAAAAGAGAGAUUUUACCGAAGCCAGUACCCUCGACGUGCCAUAUGAUGUUAGUUCCGUAAUGCACUAUGGUCCCAAGUCAUUCAGUAAGGAUGGAAACGAAACGAUCGAGUCACUUGACCCAGAAAAACAAUCGACGAUGGGGAAACAGAGACAAUUAACAUUUUUAGAUCGAAAGAUCAUGAAUGAAUUGUACAGAUGUAGUGACAACUGCACCAAUAGAUUGGAAUGUUUGUACGGGGGUUACAUGGAUCGUCACUGUCAGUGUGUAUGUCCAAAUGGUUUUAGUGGUGUUACAUGUAACGACGUGGUCUCCCGAUCAGAUUGUGGAGAGAAGUUGACGAGUUCAUCAGGUACCAUUACAUCACCGAAUUAUCCCGACGAUUACGACGAUAAUGUACAAUGUAGCUGGUUUAUACAAGCACCAGAUGAUUACAGAGUUUCCAUUACAUUCGACGAUUUCUUACUGGAGUUUUCCGAACCUUGUGAGUUUGAUCGUUUAGAAAUACGUUAUGACGAGCCUUAUUAUGAUGGCUAUCCGCGAAGCGCCUGUGGUACCGACUUGUACGGCGUGACGUUGGAAUCCAGUCACAACUCCAUCUUUCUAAAUUUUACUUCCGACUACAGCGUUGGAAUGCCGGGAUUCUCUGCAACUUACCACUUCAUUCCAACCACAUAG